AUGAAUUACGAAGGCGCGCCUUCUAUGCCCCCAACACCGGGCGGCUACCAUGCGCCUAACUUCCUACCGCCCACUCCCGUACCUCAUCAGAAUUCAUACGAGCAGCAUGGAGGCUACCCCUCAGGCCAGGAGCCAUUCUCCAGGGUCUAUUCGUCGUAUGUCCCUUCCAGGAAGAACACGCGAGCUUCCAAUGUGUGUGACUGCUGCCGCCAGCGGAAGACCAAGUGUGACGGGACGAAACCAUGUCAAACUUGCAAGGAAAAGGGCGUGGAAUGCAAAUACCGUGACCCAGUCCUUAAGCCCACGGACAAGACUCAGGCCGAUAUCCUGGAUGGUCUCAAGCGACUCGACCAGAGAUUGGCCAAUAUGGAAUCCCUCUUGCACCAGCAUAUUGCGACAUUAACUCCAACGACAGAACCAUCAGCGGACGACGAGUACAAGUGCGCGCCAGCAUCGCCUUACGUGGCUAACGGCGCUUCUGCCGACCAUUACUACGCCGAUCCUUACCGCGAUCACACCUCAUGGAAAUCUAUGCCACUUCGUAUGAUGGCUGAAGAUGAAAUGGAGGUUGAGCCCGGUCCACCUGUGCCUCCCGGAGAGCCUGCUAUCCCUAUUAAUCACACGACGUUGGCCGGACUGCUGUUGGAAUGGCCUUCCAUUCGGGAGCUUACAAAACACCACGUUGAGCGCGAAGGUGUCCGAUACAUCAGCGAAUACCCUAUCAGCCAAGAACAAAACAGAGGUGUUCUGAUGGUUUAUGGGCAAGGUGAAGAUACUCACCCAUCGCGACAAGUUCCAGAACCGACCGACCAUGGUAACUUGGACAUGGCGGACGAUUCAUCCGAUACCACAUCUCCUUCACCAGCGGCUGAUUGGGGCCAGCUUGGUGGACUCAGCCCUCCUGAUCAAGUGGAAUACAAGGGAGGCGUUUUGGUUGAUGGCAAUCCCGAUUUCUCUGAGCCGAAAGCGUGGGCGUAUGUGGAAAGUUUCAAGAAAAACAUUCUCAACAUGCACCCUAUCAUUGAGCCCAAGCUUUUAGACAAUUGGGUCAGGCACUUUCUGGAUAACCUCCGAGCAUCACAGCCACGUCCAGCAAAACCACAAACAUCAAAGCCCACCUUUGCCGUUGGAGGAGGCUCGCAGACGGAAGAAGUGGCAGGCUCAAAGAGAAAACGACCGCCGGGGCCGGAUGGCUCCGAGCCACCACCACCCGCGCCAUCUCGCACUGGUCGACCAGAUCGGUCCAUCCACACCGCUCUAGUCCUCACGGUUCUGGCUCUGGGUAAAGUUUGCCUUCACCGCAAUAAUGUCCCUGAUGCUGUCCUUAGCAAUAGAGUCAUCCCGCCGCCGUCCGAUCGACGCUCUCGCCGGCGAUGUUCGUCCCAAUCGCACUCGUCGACGGGUCUACCCUCACCGAAGGAGGAAGGGGAUAAGAAACUUGACAACGGUCCAUUAUUCCGUGGCGUGGGUGCUUCCGGCGCUGGUAGCAGCCCCACGAAAAACUACGAGGUGAUUCCUGGCCUAGAAUACUUUGCAUAUGCUACGGAUAUCCUUGGCAACCACACUGGCGCGUACAGCAUGAAGAAUGUGUACGCCAACAUCUUUGCUGGGAGCUUGGACAAAAUGAGACGAAUCAAGCGCAACAAUGAGUUCAUUCAGGAAACCAAGUACAACCAAUUUUCUCUCGCAUUCUGGACCUGCCUGCAGUUAGAAAGUGAUAUCAUUGCAGAGAUGCAACUCCCUCCAUCAGGCCUGCUCUCGCACGAAGAUGAUAUGCCGCACCCCAACAUGAGUCUCUUGGAAGGGUUCGACCAGCGUAUCCUGGACAGCUACCCAGGCCAGCUAUAUCUACGAACUCAUCUCAACAGCAUCCACCGCAUGUUCUACGCUCCCGAGGAUCCGGCCAAACCAGGCAGGGAUAAGUUUGGAAAUGUUGGCGUUGUUUCUGAUGCUGUCUCAGGCAUGCAUUGGGUCGCUCCCAGUUUCGUAUUCAGAGAGGAUAAUCCACCAGCAGAUAAUAUUCUGGCAGCAAGGUUGCGAGCAAAGUACUGGGGAGCCCAGGUGAUUACUUAUCGCCCAUUCAUCCAACAAAUUCUGCAGUUCUCGCACUCCAUCAAGAACCAUGCAUCGAGCCCCAACUUUCCCAGCGUCGGCUCCGAGUUUCGACAGGAUAUCACUGCACCUGCCAUGCACCCCAAAGCCAGAACGCAUGGCGAUAUCGAUCCUCAAGUUGCCGAGUUGGCCAAAAAGGGCAUCAAGGCGCUUAUCGAGAGUACCCGUGCCUUCCAUGGUCUCGGAGACAAGAGGCCGAUUAUCACCAAUGUUUUCGGCACAGCUCACGCGCAAUGGGGCAACCUGUUAAUCCUAUCAGCUGCAUUCCGUGACCCAAUUCUUCACACUCAUAUGGAUGAGGAACUCCUCCGAACACUGUUCCACAAGACGAUCCAGUUUUUGCGACAGUCGGCAACAGCGACGAGCGCACUUCGAACGGACAUGCAUAUCCUUGAAGGCCUGCAGAGAGAUCUUUUCGGCUAUGAUCAUGAUUCUCGGACCAACUCGAGCUUCUCAAGCGGCACAAGCGCACCUGGCUGCCAUACUCCAAGGCCUGUUCCCAUGGCUGCGCAGCCUCGGACAGGCUUUGUCGGCGCCACUGAUGCUGUUGAAGAUGAUGCUACUGGAGACGUCCCUCCCUGUGUCGAUGGUUUUGCUGAUGACACUGCCGAUGAUGCUGCUGUCUCUAUACUAACGACAAUGCAGCUAGUGUCAUCCCUGCCAGACCCAGCGUGUCCGGAUAAUCCUGAUGACGGGUUUUUCAGUGGUUCCCCUUCCUGCAAAGAUGAUACAGAUGCAGAUACUGCUGCUGCUGGUCGUGCUUCCCCGGAUAAUGCUGGCGAGAGUGCCACUGGCGUUGCUUCUUCUACCUGUGCUGACGAUGAUGGCAAAUACAAAAUCCCGUACCGUUGA